GUAGUCGGAAGACCUGAGUCGGACUUUACUCAACAUGUUCGCUUUAGCUGAAUGUUACAGCCAUCUCCGAACGAUAUAUAAUGCAUGCUGGUUCUUCAAGAUAACGGUCAAACUGGUGUUCUCUGAACCGGAAAUCGAUAGAAAGAGAGCUCCAGGUAGCAGUCAUCGACAGCCAUGACCUCCUCAUAUCCCUACACGCCUACAACACUCCGGACGAACGUGAAACCUCGUCCAUGGGUGCCAUUCAAGUCUUAUGAAGGGCACGUCGAAGUCCCGCCCUGCCCUUCAAGCCCAGGACAAGGAGGCCGAAGUCAGGAGAAGGGGAUCACCUUGUUCCUUGUGCACGGAGCGAGUUUUCCAAAGGAAAUAUGUGAGACCAAUUUAUGCUAUCUACUAGCUGCCUGUGGUGUCAUAGAUGAAAUAUGGUCAUGGGAGUCAGUGCAACAUGGGGAUUCCGCUGCUAAACAGACAGAAUCUCAGUGGUAG